AUGCGGACAAGUUCUCCUAACGGCUUCGAAGACAAGAUGAUGCACAAUUCUGUUACCCCCGAGGCCACCGAGGAUGAUUUCAAGUUCGACGUCGCGGCACCGGAAAACUGGAUUUUUGCACCAGGAGACAACAUCAUUGGAAACCUUGUGCGCGGUGCCAGUAUCAUCACCCCGGAAGCGACUGUCAAGAUUGAUCUGGUCGGCCGCAUGGAGACUAGUAUUAGGACUGGCGGAAAAGCUCAUAGUAAUCAUAAAAAAACCUAUGCAGAGCAUAUCCUUUUGUUCGAGUCACAGGAGACUCUAAUCCACAACGGACCACUUCACCUACCUCAUGAUAGUGACGAAAAACUCAACUUUGAAUUCUCUAUCAAAAUUCCUGAAAGACCUAAAAAACACCCUUAUCAUGUUUACACCAAGGUGACCAGUCACCUACCAGUGGAUAAUCCAGACCACCCGGACCACAAAAAGUUGCCUCCACCCUUCGCAUCCGGGAAUUUGAGCAUGUUUGGAAAUGUGGAAUCGGCACAAGCGGAGGUCAAAUAUUUUCUUGUCGCUACACUGCGUUAUAAAUCUGCGGGUCAUGUCAAAAUCCACGCGAUAACAUGGCCUUUCAAGAUUCGAUAUUCUUCGACGAAAACCAUCGAAGAAUAUCAAAUACGCCAAGUCCAGUCUGAGGCAAAGGUACAAAGCCAACGACUAUUACCUGGAAUGAAAGAUGCAACACUUUCACUACAUCAGAAAACACGGAACCUGCUUCGUUCAUCUAAAGUGCCCGAAUUCUAUUUCAAUAUGACUGUCUCAUCUCCGAUGUCAAUUCGAUUUAGCGACCCGGAACCCCUUCGAAUUUCUGUACAGUUUGAUCCUCUACCAGAAAAGACAAGUGACGAUAUAAAAGAUAUUGUGCGUGAGAUUAGAGUUGACUCUAUCAAAAUUUUCCUUCGAGCAACGACAGACAUUCGAUUCACAUCGAAUCCUGAACAUACCCGACGCCACUGUGAUACACAUACUAAAACCUCGAAUCUUGGACUGGAUAAAAUGCUUUCAUUACUUGAGAGUCCUUUGGUCGUAUCUACUGGGAAAGGGAACAAACCUUUAAAUCUCGGUGAUAUGUUUCAGCUUACUAUGAAUGAGUUUGGUAUGCUUUCGGGAAAUAAGCGGCUCUACCCGACGCCUCGUCUAUAUCCCGAUUUCACAACCCAUAGCAUUCGCCAUACGCACGGGCUAGAUUUCAAAGUGAAUGUAAAAAUAGAUGGAGAGAGCGUUACUGUAGAAACCAGCUUACCAGUGAAGUUACUUUCUGUGGAUUAG